AUGCGCCUUCUAAGGUCAACGGCUGCACUUGCGGUUGCACUGCCUUUUGCACUGGGACAAACAUCUACGGACUGCAAUCCUACGCAAAACUCAUGUCCAUCAGACAAUGGACUCAACUCUGGCGCGUUUGCGUCAGAUUUCACUCAAGGUAGCGGAUCGAACGCCUCCUGGAGCGCGGCAAGAGGCACCACGAUCACCUAUGGCAGCCAAGGAGCCGAGUUCAUCAUCUCGCAAGCCGGUCAGGCACCCACCAUCCAGACUGAUUUCUACAUUUUCUUCGGCCGCAUUGACGUCAAGAUGAAGGCGGCAUCAGGUACCGGGAUUGUCAGCUCAAUCGUGCUCGAGUCGGACGACCUCGAUGAGAUCGAUUGGGAGUUCCUAGGUGGCAACACCGCUCAAGUCGAGACCAAUUUCUUCGGCAAGGGCAACACCACGGCGUACGAUCGAGCGAUCUACUACCCAGUCUCGACUCCUCAGAACGACUUCCAUACAUAUACCGUGGACUGGACGAGCGACAGGAUCGAGUUCAUCGUUGACGGCACGACAGUCCGUACGCUAGCCUAUACCGACCCGCUCACCGUUGGCGGUACCAACUACCCUCAAACGCCAAUGCGGUUGAAGCUUGGUAGCUGGUGCGGUGGCUGCGCAGGCGUGGCCGAGGGGACUGUCGAAUGGGCUGGUGGCAAUACGACAUUUGAAGGCGCACCUUACAUCAUGUACGUUGAAAGCGUCGCAAUCCAGAACUACAACCCAGCGGGUUCGUAUGAGUACGGCGACCUAACCGGCAGCUGGCAAAGCAUCAAGAUCCCAAACAGCACUAGCGACUCCGCGCCGACGUCGAGUCAGAGCGUGUUUGGCGUUAGCCAGAGUGGAGCUGUCGUUGCCACUACUGUUACGGGCGCAUCGUACAGUGUGAACGCGGCCUCCGCCUCGGCGCAGAAUGCCAACGGUACGAUGUCCACCUCCUUUGUGAGCGCUACCACUGAGGUGCCCGGCUCAUCACCAUCAACAGGCGCUAGCACGACAAGGGCCAGUGCUACAUCGAGCAGUGGCCCGUCGUCGCAGACUGGCACGUCUGCGGCUUCGGCCAACAAUGUGCUGGCUGCAGGCUCGCUGCUUAGCGUUGCUCUUGGGUUCUUUAUGCUGUGA